AUGACCUCAACUUGGUCUCAUUUAAAAGACCUUGAUACAACAAGUUGCAGUAUUAAAUCGGAAGAAAGUACAUCGACUAAUGAAGAUAAUGAUGAUUGUGGAAAUGAUGCCGAAGGUGUUUGGAGUCCCGAUAUUGAACAAAGUUUUCAUGAAGCACUUGCCAUCUAUCCACCGUGUGGUAGAAGAAAAAUUAUAUUAUCUGAAGAAGGGAAAAUGUACGGUAGAAAUGAACUAAUAUCACGGUAUAUCAAAAUGCGUACAGGAAAAUCUCGCACAAGAAAACAAGUAUCAAGUCAUAUACAAGUGUUAGCAAAACGAAAAGCAAAAGAAAUACAAACCAUGCUCAAAGAUCCAUCGACAAAAGAUCAUCGUGCAUUUUCAACAUUAAAUGGUAUUGCUCAUCAUCAUGCCGAACCAUAUUUUCAUCAUCAUCAUCGUGCAAUGAAUCCACUAUUUUCACCAUCAACAUCACCGUUAUCACCUUUUAUACCAGCAUAUUCAUCACAAUCGGCUGUCUGGCAAUCAAAUAGUCCAUAUACGGAUGUUAAACCAUUUUCUCAAUCGUCUUAUUCUCCGCAAAGUUUUUCAUCAAGUGAUCUACUAGUUCCAACAGCCACCACAUCUUGGACAUCUCGUUUUAUUGGCACAAAUCGUUUGAAACUUGUUGAAUUUACUGGAUAUAUUGAACAAAAAAAAGAUUCAGAUUUAAAUUCCAGACAUUAUUUUUUUCAUGUUAGUCAAGCAGCUGGAACUCAAACAAUGCCAGAAAAAAUAAAAAUUGACGUCGUUGUUGAUAAAUUUCCUAAUCGUGAUGGAAGUUUGAAAGAUUUAUAUGAUAAAGGACCGGACGAUGCAUUUUAUCUAAUCAAAGUUUGGGCUAAUAUGAAUUAUCAAGAAGCAGAUAAUCAAACAUACAAUCAUUUUGUUUUAUUUGAAAGUCCAGAAACAAUUGAAAUUGAUAUAACAACGAAAGCAUGUUCAUUUGGAAAAUCUGUUGCAGAAAAAGUGGAGGAUGGUAAAACAAAAUUUGAAAAUGGAAAACAUAUUUAUAAAUCGGAUGAUACAAAAAUGUGUGAUUUUAUGGUUGGAUUUAUUAGAAAACUAAAAAAUGAAUUACCAUCACGAGAAUUAAUGAAUCAUGUAUUGGAAAAUUUUACCAUACUUCAAACGGUCACGGUGAAAGAUACUCAUGAAAUACUGUUAUAUUUGGGCUAUGUAUUUGAAAUAGCUGAUUCAUCAGGAACACAGUCAAUGAUCUAUAAAUUAUAUAGCUAA